UGGAUUACGACGGCCUUAAAUUCUUCAAACCAUUAUGAUGGCCAUUAUGGUGGAGUCAUUGCUUCUUACCAAUGACUCCACCAAACUCAAAAUUGCACACAUUCGUAACCAAAGCCCGCGAUCUUGUUCACGAUGAUCAUAUAAUAUGCUCAACAUCAUCGUAAGGUUUUCAUCUCACCGAGAGGUAUCCAGCCCUGUGGACUGUAGAGAGAGAGAGAGAGAGAGACUCACAUCUCUCCUGCGACUCCUGUCGUUUAAAGAGCAGGAUUACAAGACGGACAAAGGCAACCUAGACACACUCGCUCUCUCCUUCCUCGGGAUAAAACUCACCCCACGUACAGAAUGACAACAAUAUAUUGGAGUGUGUCCCCAACAGAGAAAGAACGCAGAGCAUGAUCGUCAAUCCUCAGACAACAAGAAUGCCUCGUUCCAAACCAUCCUCUUCUCCUUCUUCCUCCUCCAAAUCCCCACCUUCCCCUCCUCUCUGUUUCCCUCUCCAAUCCCCCCACUUCACUCCCAUCCAAGAAUGCCAAAGAGAAGAAGAAGAAGAGGAAGAUGCUAACAGUAUCGAGGGACCGACCUCUCAUGCGCGGCCGACGCCGACCACUCCGAGGCACCACCACCAACCGACGCCGCUGCACCAUGACCACAGAAGCGGCAAGCCGGGGAGCAAGAAGCGACAGGAAUCGUCCGGCGGCGAUGACGUCUCGGUGUCGUGCAACAACUGCCGCCCGCACGCGCGCGAGAAGAUCUCCGUGGUCCCCCUCGACAACGGCGGCCACCACCACGGCCUGGGGCGGCACUCGAUCCCGAGUCCGAACGGCAUCUUCAGGUCCAUCUUGUCCACGCUGACCAAGAGGAGCCCGCGGUCCAUCGACGCCCCGUCGUCGGCUUCCUCCUCGGUGAUGGAGGAGCAGUGGAAGAUCGCCCUCGCCGAGCUGUCUCACAAGCUGAUACAAACCACGAGGAAGCGGGAUGAGGCGAUCCUGGAGGCCUCCAGGCUCAAGUACUCCAUGGCCGAGCUCGAGAAGAAGCUCAACAAGCUCGAGCUCUAUUGCCACAGCCUGAAGACCGGCCUGGACGAAUGCAAUAACUCUCCUUAUCGGACCCUCCGAAACACCCACCACGUCAAUCCGAUCCCCACUUCUAACGACAAAGUCAUCGAGCCCUUCCUCGUCGCGGUGUCGGGGGCUCGGUCUUCCGUCCGGUCCCUGAGCCGGUCGCUCGCCAUGCAGCUCCGCGACAUGGGGGGCAAGCUGCACGAGCGGGUGUCUCUCCUCCUCCUCCAGCCUCACGACGUCAAGGCCGCCUCGCCGCCGUCGAGGAGCCCCCGGAGCCUGCUGCUCCAGCUCGAGGCGCUCCUGAACAGGGCCUUCUUCGAGGACUUCGAGUCGGUCGGGUUCCAGAAGAGCGCGGCGAACGCGAUACUGAACCCGGUGGACCGGUGCGAGGCCAACCUCACGUCGUUCAACGUGCUGUGCAAGUUGACGUGGGACGAGGUGUUGAAUAAAGGCACGAGGCAUUUCAGCGAAGACUUCAGCAGAUUUUGCGAUAGGAAGAUGAGUGAGAUCGUGUUGAUGUUGGGGUGGACGAGGGCGUGGCCGGAACCGCUGCUGCAGGCAUUCUUCGGGGCGUCCAAGGGGGUGUGGCUGGUCCACCUGCUGGCAAACUCGGUCCACCCGGGCCUGCCGAUCUGCCGGGUUGACAAGGGUACCCGGUUUGACCCGGUCUACAUGGAAGACAUGGGCGCGGACAAGGCCCGGGACAGGCUCGUCCCGACCGCGGUCCGGAUCAUGGUCGCACCCGGGUUCUACGUCUACGGCCACGUGAUCAAGUGCAAGGUACUGUGCCGGUACUGCACUAGCAGCAGCAGUAGCGCAAAUGGUAUGCUCAUUGAUGACGGGGACUCUGUGUCAGCAACCUCACCUUAGAUAGAUCAUGUUUGAAUUUUCGAAUUCGAGACAAAUCCUCUCUUUCUUACCCAUCAAUAUUUUUUGUGGUUUUCUCUCUCUUCGUAAUAUGAUAAUAGCAGGGGACAUUUUCGUGGAA